UAAAGUUAUCAUGGAUUUGGGCGUGAUCAGAAAAGCGUCUUACAGACACAUUGUAACAUUUCACGGAGCCUUGUUUCACGAGGGAGAUUGCUGGAUUUGUAUGGAGUUGAUGGACCUUUCAGCUGAGCUGCUUUACCGUUAUGUACACCACUCUAUUAAUGACAUAAUUCCCGAGGCAAUUCUAGCACAAGUAGCUUUGGCGACUGUACGGGCUUUGAUGUAUCUGAAAAAUGAGUUGAAGAUAAUCCACAGAGACGUGAAGCCUAGCAAUAUCCUUAUUAAUAAACACGGUGCUAUAAAGCUCUGUGACUUCGGAAUUAGCGGAGUGUUAGUGGACUCCAUAGCCAGGACCCAUGAUGUAGGUUGCAGACCAUAUAUGGCCCCUGAACGUAUCGACCCACGAGAAAAAGAUGGAUACGAUAUCAGAUCGGAUGUAUGGUCCAUGGGUAUAUCCAUGAUUGAAAUUUCGACAGGUUCAUUUCCAUAUAGGUCUUGGAACAGUGUAUUUGACCAAUUACAGGAGGUAGUGACAGGAAACCCUCCGAAGCUACAAGACAUGCCCCCCAAAAUCACUUUCACAGCCAAUUUUCACCGCUUCAUUGAUAGUUGCUUGAAGAAGGAGAGGAAGGAGAGGCCAAAGUACAGUGGACUGCUGAAGUCUUCGUUUCUGGAGAAAGCUACACACGAUGACAUAACAGAUGUCCAGGGUUGGAUGGAGCGGAUUUUGGAAAAGACAAGUGAAAUACCUCUGCCUCAACCGAACAGAUAGCCUUUUUUAGAAUCAACUCAAAUUUGCACAUUGAAGAAGUGUACUUUAGGAUCAGCUUAAUCAGUCUUAACCGUUCCCCUUAUUUUGAAAUCCAUUUAAA